AAGAGAGAAAAAGAAAAAUAGAAAAAGGAGAGAUUUUUGAAGUAAAUGCUGUGAGAAAAAAGAAAGGCUUGUGGUAUUGGUUAGUUAAGAGACAAAAGCAAGGAGCGGGUUUGUAACUGAAAAGUGAGAGAAAAUGAGUUGAAUUCCUGCAUCCACUCCACAAAAACACACACUACUAGCAUUUGUUGCACUCCUCCAAAGCUGUUAGAGACACACACAUUUAAAGAGAGAGAAAAAUCCUUGUCCGAGAAAGAGAGGGAUAGGAUUUCUUUGUGUAUGAAUGAGGAUGGAAAAGUUUUGCCUUUGAUUAUUGAUGUUAAACGGGGUAGGUUGAAAGUGAGGGAGAGGAGGAGCUUUAAUUUUUCUCUUUCUUUCUUCUUCUAGCAUCAAAGGCUCGACCUUUUUUAUAUUUUGGUGUUUUGUUCUGUCUAUACUUAUCGUUAGUUGAAGUUUCAGAGAGACCCUUUUCCCCCUUUCUUUUCAAUUUCAAUUUUUUUGUGUUUUUGCUCUGUUUCUGUGAGCUUUGAAUGGCGCAUGCUGAUGGCCUGAUAAGUGGAGGCUCUCAUGAAAGAGGUGUGGGAGGUGAUGAUCUGUACACAGAGCUAUGGAAGGCAUGCGCGGGGCCUUUGGUGGAUGUUCCUCGUGUGGGAGAAAGAGUUUACUACUUUCCUCAAGGUCACAUGGAACAAUUAGAGGCAUCCACAAAUCAGGAACUGAAUCAACAAAUCCCUCAUUUCAAUCUCCCUCCUAAGAUCCUUUGCCGUGUUGUUUACAUUCAGUUAAAGGCUGAGCCAGAAACAGAUGAAGUUUAUGCCCAGAUCACUUUGCAGCCGGAACCAGAUCAAACUGAGCCCACGAGCCCGGAUCCAUCCCCACCGGAUCCUCCAAAGCCAUCUGUUCAAUCUUUUUGUAAGAUUUUGACAGCAUCUGAUACAAGCACACAUGGGGGUUUCUCUGUCCUUCGGAAGCAUGCAAAUGAAUGCAUUCCUCCAUUAGAUAUGAGCCAACCAACCCCAACCCAGGAUUUGGUUGCCAAAGAUCUACAUGGCUACGAGUGGCGUUUCAAGCACAUAUUCAGAGGUCAACCGAGGAGACACUUACUUACUACUGGAUGGAGUAUGUUUGUCACCUCAAAGAGAUUGGCUGCUGGUGAUUGCUUUGUUUUCUUGAGGGGUGAUAAUGGGGAAUUGCGUGUUGGCAUACGCCACCUUGCUCGACAUCAGAGCUCAAUGCCACCCUCUGUCAUUUCCAGCCAAAGCAUGCAUCUUGGCGUGCUUGCAACUGCAUCACAUGCUAUUACAACACAAACCUUAUUCGUGGUCUACUACAAACCACGGACAAGUCAGUUCAUUAUCGGGCUGAAUAAAUACCUAGAGGCUAUGAAACAUGGAUUUUCAGUCGGCAUGCGUUUCAAAAUGAGAUUUGAAGGAGAAGAUUCACCCGAGAGAAGGUUCACAGGCACUAUUACUGGAUUUGGAGACUUCUCUUCACAGUGGACUGAAUCUGCAUGGCGUUCGCUCAAGGUGCAAUGGGACGAACCUGCGACUAUACUGCGGCCAGACAGAGUCUCACUAUGGGAGAUCGAGCCCUUUGUAGCUUCGGCUUCUGUUGAUGCAUCACAACCAGCUAUGAAAAUCAAAAGGCCUCGACCUCUUGAUCUACCUCUUAACGAAACUACUACUGCUUCUGCUGCAUCUCCUGUCUGGUAUCAGAAAUCAACCACGUCCCUCGAACUGAGCCACCUAACUAGUAAUUCCGACGUUCAAAGCAGCGAAAAACAAGUUUUCUGGCCUCCUAAGCAGAAAGAUCAUCAUUGCAGCCUCCCAAGUGGUUCUCUGAGCUUGUUUCGAGAAUCUACAAACGACAACAAAAAUGUUUUGUUACAUUAUGCUCUUCCUAAUUAUCACUCUCCUGUGUCAUCAGGGACAAGUAAUUGUCCAGACCAUAUAAAAAGGUCAGAGACUGCACCUGCAUGCCGUUUAUUUGGCUUUGAUUUGAGGAACAACUCGAACAAAAUCCCCCCUCCAUUGGAAACGGAAGCCCCUUUUCCUCGUCCAAGCACUAUCCCGGACUGUGACUUGCCGCCUAAGAGGCCUGAAACUGAUGAGAAACCAGGCGUCGACCUUUUGGCUUCAUCAAAGGAAAGACACGAUGCUCAAAUGGAGGCCCAUCCGAACGAUACUCAGGGACCACAGGAUUAUGUUUCAUCUUCAAGAACUCGGAUCAAGGUUCAAAUGCAAGGGAUUGCUGUGGGGCGUGGUAUGGACUUGUCUGCUUUUCGUGGCUAUGAUGAUCUCCUUGAGGAACUGGAGAGUAUGUUUGAUAUCAAGGGAGAGCUUCGCCCUCGCAGAAAAUGGGAGGUGGUUUACACCGACAAUGAGGGAGACAUGAUGCUCGUGGGAGAUGAUCCUUGGAAGGAAUUCUGUAAGAUGGCUAAGAAGAUUUGCAUCUAUUCUAGUGAUGAAGUGAAGAAGAUGAGGCCGAGAUGCAAGCUUCCUAUAUCAUCAUCAGAAUGCGAAGCCACAACAAUCAUAAGUUCAGAAUCACAACCUAAGUUAGAAGCAUGAACUUAGUGUAUCCUAUUUCGCGUCUUUAAUAAUGGUUUAGAUUCGGGGUAUACUACGUGGUAGGGUAGGAGUGAUGGUCGUUGCUUUGGUAUGGUUAGUAUUAGGUGAAGGAGGGAUGGAAGUAGAAAGGCAGCAUAGUCAUCUGAAUCUCUCAGGAAAACAAGAUGAGUGCUGUUGUAAAUACAGAUGUUUGUGGGUGUUUAAUCAAAGUUUAUUAGGUAGAUUUGGAACUGGUAAUCGGUCCAAGGAAUCUGGUGGGGUAGCUGAAUUGGAUAUUUGUCUUUUGUCUGUUUUGGUUGCUGAUUUAUAGCUAUAUAAUCAGUCUGUAUAAAUUGUAUACUACUACAUACUUUGUGUUUUGAUUGAUGUCUUUGCAUUUUUGUGUGGACA